AUGGACUCCCCGGGACGCCAGUCCGGCACCAGCCUGGCCGACCUGAUACGCACAUCACAGCUUCUUACCGAUCGAUACAGUACCGUGGCCAAUAGCCUCAAUACGGCACCAGUGACGCUGUCUGAUCUCGCCAAGGAGUGUCGCGCCGUGACAGAUGCUCUGCGACGAUUCAAGUACUUGCGCGAAACGAUACCGGAAACCCUCGUUUUUGACCCAGUCCUUCUCGACCAAUCCUGCCAGGAUGCCUUGGACUCGAUUAACACAGACUUGUUGUCUCUCGACUUCUACAGUACACGGAUUCGCCCGGCGACGAGCGAUAGUGCCGUCGACAUGUCCUCGGGACAAAUUACCAUCAUUUGGAACGAAGACUCCCUCAGGCAGAUUCAACGCCAGCUGAAGACCAACCGUCAAUCUCUUACAUUUCUCCUUAAUUGUGUUCCAAGACCACCGCCGGGCAUACUAUAUAAGCAGAGCAUGCGAACAACGAAAGACUUACACGACGGAAUCGAUCGUGGAGACGAAGCCGCCGUGGUAAAGCUCUUGUUACAGCGCAUUGAUCCGAACGCGCCUCGCUUUGGCUCGAAACUUUGCCCUCUUCGUCGAGCUCUGAAUCGUCAAAUUCCAUCUCUAGUCACUUUCAUAGCUAUCGCCGGAGCAGAUCUCGAGAGUCGAGGAGACGAGGGCGACACAAUCCUGAUCACGGCAAUCAAGUACGGAUACUCCGACAAGGUUGUCUCGCUAUUGUGCGAACUCGGUGCAGAUGUCAAUGCCGUCGAUACACUGGGGUGCUCCGCAGUACACUACGCCGCCAUGUCGGCCAAAGAUGAUACCUUGGAGGUACUCAUCCGUGCUGGGGGUGAAGUUGACCGCAGAGAUUUGGGAACAAGAACGCCUCUUAUAGCAGCUGUUCAAAAUUACCGCUUCAAUGCUAUCGAAAAGCUGCUCGAAUAUGGUGCGGACUUGGAAGCCCGACUACAAAAUGGCAGAACAGCGCUCCAUGUCGCCAUAUCUAUGAGAAGCAGUCCGAUGACGGAAUUCUUAUCGGAUCAGGGCGCCUACCUCGAUCGACGUGUCAAUGAACACACCGCCUUGACGUACGCAAUAUCUACAGCUUGUCCAGAUAUCGCUGAGGUGCUGAUCGGAGCCGGGGCUGACGUCAACUUGCCGAGCUCAAAGGGCAACUUUCCGUUGCUCGCAGCUGCUUCAGCCGGGGACUUACUCACCAUGAAGCUUCUCCUCUCUCGGGGUGCCAAUUUUGAUGCUACCGGUAGCGAGGGGUACCUACCCAUUCACAUGGCAGCCCAUAAGAACCGAGUCGAGGUGCUGCAACUUCUUUUUAAAGCCGGAUCACAGAUUGACCCAACGACAGAACAUGGAGAAACACCUCUCACGAUCGCGAUGCACUUGGGAUGCUUCGAGGCUGCUCAAUAUUUGAUCGAGGUCGGUGCCGAGGUAGACCACUCCGCUCCUGGCGCAGAGAGAAUCAUAUGCCAAGCUCUCAAAGCCGGCAAUACGCGAAUUGCGAUGGCCCUCAUCCGUGGUGGUGCAGACCUCACGACCCCGUUGUUGCGAAAUUCCAGCAUGACGCCGCUACAUCUUGCAGCCCACUACGGACAGAACGACGUUCUUGCGACGAUGAUCAGUACGGGCGUCGACCUCGACACUAGGACCUGGCCAGGGUUCACUCCACUCUUCGCUGCCGUGAGGGCAGGACACCUCGACACUGUGCGACUUCUCCUCGCCGCCGGAGCGUAUCUCAGAGCUCGGUCAAUGUCAGGGGCGAACCUGAUGUUCUUCGGCACAGCGUAUCCCGCAAUGAUAAAGCUUCUGAUGGACCUUGGACUAGAUGUUCGUGAACGCGAUCAUCACGGCGCAACACCGCUGCAUUAUGCGGCUGUCAAGGCGCCGUCUUCGAGUCUCUUCAAGACUAUCAAACGAAAGCGAAGUAUCGUCAAGGUACUGCUGCAGGCCUCGCCAGACAGAAAGGUCACUUGA